AAAGAACCUAUUUUGAGCCCUAACUGCUACUCCUCUAUCCACCCGGUACUCAUUCCAUCAGUGGUCGCCGGCCACCAAGCAGAACACAUCGUCACCGUCAUAGGUUCAACCAUUCGGCGGCUCGGCUCCAUUCUCGGCAUCUUCGGUCUUCUCUUUAAAUCCUUCCGGAGAGCGCAUCGAACGCACCUCUGAUUUCUCAGAGUGUAACUUGAAGAGCUGAAGUGGAGUUUGAAAGUAGCAAACUCAAGCAUGAAGGUCUUCCAAAUCGACGGAAACAACACUCUUUCCAUCGCCCUCUUCGCCGAAGUCGCCAACUCCAAGGAGCUUCUUCAUUCUAUGCAAGCCGGGAAUCUGGAGCUGGAAGUUGCCUUUAUGAAUGCAUUACUUAUCCCAGAUGUUUUCCCUGUUCUCGCUGCAGCACACAGGGCGCUUGUUUCGAAGUCUCGGGAUUCAUUGACAACACGGACUCUUCAUUCUGAGCUUGUCUACAAUUAUUCGGGAUCCAAGCAUAUUACAGAAUCCUUGAAACGAUGUGGUAUCUCAGACAGCUGUACGUACGUCCUGGCAGCUCGCUUCAAUGCAACACCAGAAGAUAUGAAAAUGGUGGAGAAGCUUAUCAACGGUAAAGAGGUCAAGUUAGAGGAGUUGGAGAGCAGAGCAAAUCAAGCUCAAAUAUUGAAGCAUUUCAAAAUCUCUGGGAUGGAGCUAGGGAUUUCCUCGCUUGCUGAUGCCAUUACAUGCCGAAUAGCGUCCCGGGAUGCCUUGUGAGAGAAGAUAAGACAUGUUUGGAGUAGCUCCAGUUUUAAAGCUUGGCUCUAUGGACUAUAUGUAAAUGGUGUACUUUGUGCUGGUUGUAAGCUUAACCAAAGAAUGUGGUCAUUAUGUUUCGGGAUGUAGAAAUGUUGUGUUGUAAAAUGCUUUCUAUUUUUACCCGCGUCUUUUAUGUGUCCGUUAGUGAGUAUUAUUAUACCGCGCCAUCCAAACACGGUGUUAACACGUGGGUGGGACAGCAGCAACCGUUUGCUUGAGUAUGAAGCAAGAGGCGGGGGCGUCGUUUUGACGCUGCUUGAACCGGGAAUAGCCGGUGACCAUGCCGUGGGAUAAGUGAAGCUCCCCUGAGAUGUCUUUUUGCAGUUAUGUACCUAUUGCCGCUCCUUUUUCCUUUUUCUCUUCACUUUUUGGCCCC